CUCGAGUGGCUCAACGGACCGUGCAAGUGGCUCUCGGCCGGGCCGCAGGAUGAAGGCCGGGAAGAGCGAGCGGGAGCGAAGCGGCCGGCGGCGUCCCCAGCCAAAAAGAAAAACAAGUCCUCAGGGAGAAGAAGCAAGUCUCCUCGGACUAAGAGAAGCCGGAGCCCCCACUACUCCACCGUCAAAGUGAAGCAGGAACGUGAGGACCAUCCUCGGAGAGGACGAGAAGAUCGGCAGCACCGAGAGCCAUCAGAACAGGAGCAGAGGAGAGCUCGUAACAGUGAGCGAGACCGGCACCGGGGCCAUUCCCGCCAAAAGAGGAGCUCUGAUGAGAGGCCUGUCAGUGGUCAGGGUCGGGACCGAGACAGCCAAAUUCUGCAGGCCCAGGAAGAAGAAAGGGACUUUCAUAAUGCCAGGCGCCGGGAGCAUCGUCAGCAGAAUGAAGGUGCUGGCGGUGAAGCUCAGGAGGUGAUCCCUCGCCCUGCUGGUAACAGAAGCAGAGAGGUGCCUGUUAAAGAAAAACCAAGCUUUGAACUUUCUGGGGCACUUCUUGAGGACACCAAUACCUUCCGGGGUGUGGUUAUUAAGUACAGUGAGCCCCCAGAAGCCCGGAUCCCAAAAAAACGGUGGCGUCUGUACCCCUUUAAAAAUGAUGAGGUACUUCCCGUCAUGUACAUCCAUCGGCAGAGUGCUUACCUUCUGGGCCGACAUCGCCGCAUCGCCGACAUUCCCAUCGACCAUCCCUCCUGCUCAAAGCAGCACGCAGUCUUCCAGUAUCGGCUUGUGGAGUACACUCGUGCUGACGGCACAGUUGGUCGGAGGGUGAAACCCUACAUCAUUGAUCUGGGCUCAGGCAACGGGACCUUCCUAAACAACAAGCGUAUUGAACCACAGAGGUACUAUGAACUGAAGGAAAAAGACGUCCUUAAAUUUGGGUUCAGUAGCAGAGAAUAUGUCUUGCUCCAUGAGUCUUCAGACACAUCUGAACUAGAUAGAAAGGAAGACGAAGAUGACGAGGAGGAGGAAAUGGUGUCUGACAGCUAGCAACUGAGAAGCACCCACCCCCUCCCCCAUGAGAAUCCGUUCCUCCUGGAGGCCAUGGGGUUGACUCCAGCGCCUCUUCUUGCCUUAAGUCUUUUCUCUGUUGCUGCCCAGCUUGUGUUGCAGUAUGAGAACUCUCACUUCGUGUUUUGUUGAACUUGGCACAGCAGCCGCCUGCCUGUGGGCGCUUGUUUUCAGAACAAUCUCACCAAUUACAGCAUGUUGAGUUUUGGUCAAAGUGUGUGGCUGUAGUGGGUGCCUUCAGAACUGCUGCACAGGAAACUUAAGCCCUUGGAAAGGGGAUUGUGGCUUGUUCUCUUUGUACAGUUUCUUAUUUAUAUAGUCGUUGAGCUUUGUGGACCAGGAGUUUUGUUUUGGUGACAAACCCUAGAGCAGAGAAUCUCAGUAAGCUUUGGUUGUCACCAAAACAGCCUCCAGCUUAUACCAAAGCUUUGGCCUGGGUCAGCUCUUGAGUCAUAGAAGUUCAUUUUGCACUUCGUUUUUUUGGGGGUGACAAUUUACCACAUAACCUCAUUAUUGACUGUCUAAGCUAGACAGACAGACACUCUGCGAUGCCUGUGCAGAUGUAACUGUGUCGGGAGGUCAUGGCUCCUACCCACGGGCGCUGGUGACGUGCCAUGUCCUGGGUGUGGAGCUGCAUCCUCUGAGGAUUCCUGAUUUCCCCACGAAGCACAGACCCAACAGUUUGGAUCACCUGGUCUUUUUCUUCAGCUUCACAUUUUUAUUCAGACAUUACCUCUCUCUUCUCCCUUUGAGAAACACACUGACGUGGACUUUGUAGUGGGGGGCCCUGCUGUGGCCCUAAGGUCGUGUGUAUGUGGCUAAAGGAGGUUGUGUAGCUUCCACAUUUCUGUUUCAGCUUUGACCAUGGGUUUGUAUUUACUUCCCAAGGAUGGAAAGCAAGGGGCAGCCCAGCUUCUGAAUUUCCCACCUGGGGUCUGUGUAAGUAGAAAGAAAUUCAUUUCUUAUGGUGUGUGUGCUUGUAAAAUGGUGUGUUUCAGAGCCAUGUGCUGAUUUUCAUAUGACAGUGUUUUGUGAUAGAAAUAAUACCACAUGAUAGGCAAAGGCCUCUGCAUUUGGAGAGCAGGUUUUCAUUUAUAUGUAUUUUUGAGAUUAAAAAAAUAAAAUUUGUAAAUACAGCCCCAUUUUAGAGGGUAAUACUUUCCUAGCAUAAAGGACUCUUGUUUGUAGGUGUGUUUGUUCCCAAAGGAAUCUUUGUAUAUGCGUGUAGGGAGGUAUGGGGAGUGGCCCACAAGUACAGGAACCUCAUAUCAGCAAGAAGGGAAUGUGUCAGUGGAGUCACCAGUGCUUUUUUGAACUGUCAGGGAAGGUUUUUGUGGAUGGCCCUGCAUGUGGAGAAAACAUCAGGACCACUUCGUCCUCAGGUGGUGACGGGGGCAGGGACACAAAGGGUGCACUCGGUCUCUGCUGCUCUUAACUUGCUCCUGGAGUAGAAUUUAGGAUGCUGAUAAAUGGACUGUCUUUUCUUCUAGAGGCUGGCUAGUGUAGUCUGGGCAGCUCAGGAAUGUACAUUCAGAAGAGAUCACACAGUCCCUACCGUGUCCAGAAAGCAGACUGCUUUGAUGGACUUUUUAAAAUCCAGACAAGGUCUUCUGUUUGGGAUUCCACAAUAAUCUGCCAUCUCCAGGGCCUCCUUGUCCAAUGAUAGUUUGGGGAUUUGCUUUCUUGAUAAACACAGGGAGAUGACCACUUUGCCUGCAUCUUUUAGUAAAGAGGUCCCAGUAACCAGAAGUAGUGACUAAUGCCUGGAGUCAUGCCCCUGGAGAGGGUGAUGCAAGAGGAUUGCUGCAAAUGUUGGGGACAUGGAAUGUGAGGCAGCCUGGUCUGCAUAGUGAGUGAGACUUUCAUCUCAACAACAAUGUCCCAAUUCUGUUGAUUGUGAGCGUUUGCUUUAGCAGAACGAGAGUCCUAGGUUAAGAGCUCCCUUUGUAGACAUCUGGGAAGAUGGACUUGUUCAUCUCAGAUGUUGGCAAGGUCUUCACUGUCUUUCCUUGCCCUGUUGAAAUACAGCUGUGUGUGAACAGAUCUUUGCUACUAAGCUCCUGCACUAAGUUUUCCUUGGUGGUCCCAAGUUCUGCAGAGGUGGGAAAAAGUCUUCAGGUGUGGGUCAGUGAGAUGGCUCAGCUAGUAAAGGCACUUGCCACCAGGCAUGAUGACCUGAAUUUGAUUCCCAGAAUCCACAUGGUAGAAGGACAAGCAACUGCUACAAGCUGUCCUCAGACCUGUACACACAAGAUAAUGUCAAUGCUCUCAGCUACAGUUGUUUCCUUGUUCUGACUUUACCAAAGGUAGCUCAUUAAGUGCAAAUGCUGAUGGCUCUUUCAGAUAUUUGUACUGUGUGUUUUGAUGACAUGUGGACAACAGGAAUAAUCAGCUAAAAUAAUGGUAUUUGAAACAAGGUGCUGUAGCUCAGGUUGGCCUGGAAUUCCUCUUGGAGUCCCGUCUAUCCUCAAACUAUUGGCAAACCUGCCUCAGCAAGUUUCACCUUAUCCGGUAACACUUCCAGGUCUUCACUAUAUUCUUCAGCAUCAAUCUGAGUACCCAAAGGAAUUGGCCCUAGAAAUCAUCAGCAUCAACAAGGUCCUGUAUUUUAUGCACAAACACCUGGCAUCCUGUGAAUGUAAGCUCUGCUUGAUACUGCAUAAUGGGGACAGCUACCUGACUCACACCCAAGGAAAGAAUCAUCAGACCAACUUCGCACUGGGAGUUGCCAAGGAGGCUUGUACCCUAGGUCGGGGUGAAGGUGAAGUUUAUAAAGAUUGACCAGCAGGGCUACAAAGUGAUCAAGCAGAGGGCCACUGAAAUGACCAGCCCAGCUUGCUGUUUCAGGUCAGCUACCCUGAGACCAUGGGAAAUACACACAACUGCUUCAUGUUCGCCUAGAAGCAGAGGACCAAGGACCAUGAAGGCAGACCUUAUGAGAACCACAGCUUGGAUGGUGGAUUGACAGGGCCCAGAACGAGUCCUAAACUCGCUGCAACCUUCAAGACUGAGCGGUUCUUCCUCCAGUCUCAUGUUAAGGCGGAGACACCCCCUACCCAACCCGUGUCAAGCAGUUCCCACUGUUGCUCAUGAACUUCUGCUAGCAUUGCCUCUAAGCCCCCAUCCCCACCCUGUUCAGUGGCCCUUUCCUGCCCCUUCUGCAUUUUCCUUUGCCCCCCCUUGGCCUCCCCAAAUGCUGCAGCUGGUUCCAGGUCCACCCAUCAAACCCAUGAGUUCACCGUCUCUUGGCUGGGAUUCACUCCCAGGCUCCAGGAGUACACCUACUUGCUUGUAUAGUCCCCUCUCAUGCCCCAGGGAUAUACCCUCCAGCCCCUGGAUUUCAUCUAUAGGACUAUAGAGAUAUAGUCCUAGUCUGGAAGGAGUUACCCCCUUGAAUCCCAGGGUGUAUACAACCCCAUGUGUCCCAGGCUAAGGCCCCUCUUCCAUCUGAGGGUCCUGGAAACAUUGCCACCAGCAGUCCUGGCCAGUCCUGAGAAAGUUUUGUAUUUUGUCCUGAACCCAUUAAACAGCCUCCCCUGUG